AUGUGCAAGCAGACCUCUUCCAUGGUUUUUUUGGUUACUCUGACCUUCUUUAUCUUCGCCUUCUCCUCAUCAGUCAAUGCUAUGCCAAAGGGAAUUGAAAAGAAAUCGUGUACCAAGGUAGACUACUGGUGCAGCUUUGUACCCUUCGGACCACCAAGUCAGCAAGUUUUGGGAGAUAUUAAAUUUGAACAAGAUCAAAAUUGCGAUGUAACAAUUUUUGGUCAGCUCAAUUCAGUUCUUUGGCCCAACUGGUACGAUUAUAAACCAGAAUGGAAUUACUAUGACAUUCAUAUAGUCACUGACCCUACUUGCCCAGACGACUCUGUUUUCGAUCUGGAAGAUUGGGUUACACCCGCUCAUUCUAAUCCUCAUAUUGAUGAACCAUUUAGCGUUACUAUACCUGCAUCUAGUUUACCCGUGCCAUUUACAAGUCUCUUAGGCAAGUUUUGCGUAGUAGCAUUCGAAAACUCGCUUGGUGGAGAUGAUGAUGUUCGCGGAUCUGCUGAAAUCGUCGUGGUUCCUUAA